GCACAGAGAGCCCUCCGUGCGUGACGGUGCUGCGUGGCCAGCUUUUCGCGAGGGAAAAGCUUAAGAAAGACCACGGGUGGGCAAAGCACGGCCCGGGAAUGCCCCGGAGCGGGAACCCCGGCGGGGGAGGGGGUGUGGCGGCUGCCGCCGCUCCCCCGGCCCGGCCCCGCCCCCGCCGCGUCCCCGGGCCGCCCCCCGAUUGGCCCCUACCUCGGCGCGGCGCCGCCGAUUGGCCGCCUGUCAGCGCGUCCGGCGCCGCCGCCCGCGACCAAUAGGCGAGCGGCACCGCCCGUCGCUUCGGCGGCGGCGACCAAUGGAGCGGCGCCCACCAGCCCCCGCCGCCAAUGGGCGGGCAGCGGGGAGGCUCGCGCCGCUUUCGCGGCAAAAAGGAUUUGGCGCGCAAAGACGCGCGGGGCCGGCGCGCCGAACAAUACGGCGGCGGGCGCGGAGCCGAGCGGAGCGGAGCGGCCCCGCGCCCGGCAUGGGCCGCGCCCCUGCCCGCGCCCUGCCCGCCGCGCCGCCCGCCGCCCCGGCCCCGACGGCCAUGUGAGCCAUGGCGGCGGCGGCGGGCGGCGCGGCGGGGCUGGCGGCGCUGCUGGGCAGCGCCUCCCCGCACCUCCUCAUCGUCUCCGCCGCCGAGGAGCCCGCGGGCGGCGGCCACCCCGACGCCGACCUCUUGCUUUUCGCCACGCCGCAGCCCGCCCGUCCCGGCGCCGCGCCGAGACGGCCCGCGCUGGGCCGCCCGCCGGUGAAGAGGAAGCUGAACUUGGAGACGGAUCACCAGUACAUAGCAGAGAGCCUGCCGGUGGGCCGGGGCAGGGCCAGGAACCCCACUAAAGGGGCCAAGUCUCCUGGAGAGAAGUCUCGCUACGAAACCUCGCUGAACCUUACCACCAAGCGCUUCCUGGAGCUGCUGAGCCAGUCGCCUGACGGCGUGGUGGACCUCAACUGGGCGGCUGAGGUCCUGAAGGUGCAGAAGAGGCGCAUCUACGACAUCACCAAUGUCCUGGAGGGCAUCCAGCUCAUCACCAAGAAGUCCAAGAACAACAUCCAGUGGCUGGGCAGCCAGGCCACUGUGGGGGCCCCUGGCCGGCACCGGCUGCUGGAGAAGGAGCUGCGGGAGCUGCAGGCGGCCGAGCGGCAGCUGGACGACCUCAUCCAGACGUGCACGGUGCAGCUGCGCCUGCUCACCGAGGACCCCGCCAACCAGCACGCAGCCUAUGUGACCUGCCAGGAUCUCCGCAGCAUUGUGGACCCCUCGGAGCAAAUGGUGAUGGUUAUCAAAGCCCCCCCGGAGACCCAGCUGCAGGUCUCAGACCCAGCGGAGGCUUUCCAGGUCUCUGUGCGAAGCACUCAGGGCCCCAUCGAUGUCUUCCUCUGCCCCGAGGACAGCUCGGGGGUCUGUAGCCCCGUCAAGAGCCCCUUCAAAGCCCCCGCAGAGGACUCGUCCCCCGGCCAUUCGCAGCCCAGAGCCUCCCCGCUCCUGCAUCCCGCCCAGGAUGUGAACAUGCCGCUGCUGCCUGGAGGGCAAGAGACGCUGCUGCCAGGGACGAGCGUGCUGCCUGGCAAAUGCCCGGUGGAGGAGGUGAGCCUCUCGCCGCUGGCCUCCAUGGACGCCCUCCUGGAGCAGAGCAGGGAGGAUUUUUCUGGUUUCCUGGCGGACGAGUUCAUCAACCUGUCACCGCCACAGGCGCAGGACUACCACUUCGGCCUGGAGGAGGGUGAGGGCAUCAGCGAGCUCUUUGACUGUGACUUUGGGGACUUCACGCCCUUGGACUUCUGAGGCUCUGCCCGGAUGCUCGCAGGGCAUCUACCAGGCAGGGGGGGCCCACGCCUGGGCUCCUGCCCUCGCAGGCAGGGCAGGCAGCCCCUCCGGCUGCAGCAUCCACAGCUCCUCUCCCCGUCCGUUUUUGCAAUAUUUUCUUCUUAUCCCUCCAGCCCCCCCAGCCCAGCAGGGGCCGGUGGCGUCCCCAGCUCCAGCCCAGCGAGGGGGAUGCCAGGGUGGGGGUCCCCCCAAGAUGGGACCCACUGCAGGGCCCUGAUCACGGGGCAGGGGGGGCUGCCCAGGGCAGAGCCACUGCCUGCCCCCCUCCCCAGGUGCCCGUUACAGAGCUUUAAGCAGUCCUGUGUAUAGAUUUGAUUAAUUUAUUAUUGUCCCCUGGGGACAGUGUGUAAUUUCCCGGUGGGGGGCUUCGGUGGAGGCUGUGCAGCAGAAUGGGGGUGCCGAGAGGUUUCGUCACGCUGGGAAGGGGGUGGUGGAGAUGUGGGGGGCACUGGGUCGAGGCUGUUUCCCCCUGUGUUGGGGGGGCUGCCCGCAGCCCAGCUGAGUGUCGGGUAUUUAUUUAUUAUUUAUGGCGCGUGGGAGCUCUCCCGGGACGCGGGGGGGGGCAGGAGGGAGUGGAGGGACAGUGCUG